GCCAAACUAUGUUGUAGCCAACGUAUGUUCUUCAUACACACCGUCAGCUUUACUUCAUUCCAUGGAUUUUGACCUCUUUUCCUCCAAUUCAUCGAUGGAGAAGCCGAAAAAGCUCCAUGCGGCGCUCCUCUCGAGCCCUGGCAUGGGCCACCUCAUCCCCAUCAUGGAGCUCGGCAAGUGCCUUGUAGCCGACCAUGGCUUCGAGGUCACCAUCUUCGUCGUCCCCUCCCAGGCCUCCCGUGCUGAGGCAGAGAUCAUCGACUCCGCCAUGACCCCCAAGCUCCUCGACAUCGUGGAGCUCCCUGCCCCCGACCUCACGGCUGCUGGCCUUGGCCCGAAUGCCUCCAUGGUGGAGAGGCUUGCGGUCAUGAUGCGCGAGGCGCGGUCGGCGUUCAGGUCCGCGCUGAAAGCCAUGGAGGCCCCACCCGAUGUCCUCAUCGUGGACCUGUUCAGGACGGAGCAUCUAUGCAUGGGUGAUGAGUUGAGGAUCCCUAAGUACGUCUACGUCCCUUCCAACGCAUGGUUUCUUGCGCUGCUCCUACACUCACCGGUGCUGGACAAGGAAGUCAAAGGAGAGUAUGUGGACCAGACUGAACUACUCAAGAUCCCGGGCUGCAAGCCGGUCCGACCAGAGGACGUGGUGGACCCGAUGCUGGACCGAUCCAACCAGCAGUACCACGAGUACUUGCGGAUUGCUGGCGAGAUCGCGAUGGGAGAUGGAAUCCUGUUGAAUGUGUGGGAGGAUUUGCAGGCCGAGACGCUCGCCGCGCUGAGGAAUGAGGAGUUCUUGGGCCGGGCCGUGAACGGUCCGGUCUAUACCGUUGGGCCGCUCAUUAGACCGGUCAGACCGGCCGGUUUGGGGAAGGAGCUGCUGGAAUGGCUGGAUAAGCAGCCGCGCGAGUCGGUGUUCCUUGUCUCGUUUGGGAGUGGAGGGACUAUGUCGGCUGAGCAGCUGGCCGAGCUGGCUUGGGGAUUAGAGCUGAGCCGACAAAGGUUUAUAUGGAUAUUUCGGAAACCAAUAGUGGAAUCUCUUGAUGGAUCAUUCUUUGAUGUGGGAAAGGGAGGUGGUGAUGAUGAGCUUUCGAGCUUUCUGCCGGAUGGAUUUGCGGUACGUACUCGGGAUGUGGGAUUAAUAAUUCCAUUGUGGGGCCCACAAUUGGACAUCCUGAGCCAUCCAUCUGUAGGCGGGUUUCUAUCUCAUUGCGGAUGGAACUCAACCCUAGAGAGUAUAGUGAAUGGAGUGCCCAUGAUUGCCUGGCCAUUGUACGCCGAGCAAAGGCAAAAUGCGACACUCCUCGCGGAGGAGAUCGGAGUGGUGAUUCGGCCAAAGGAGCUGCCGUCGAAGAAGAUUGUGGGGAGGGAAGAGAUAGAGAAGUUGGCGAGGAUGAUAAUAGCAAAGAAAGAAGGGCACCAGAUGAGAGCUAGAGUCAAAGAGCUCAAGAGCACUGCCGAAAAGGCUGUGACUAAAGGGGGUACUUCCUAUGAGUCCCUACGUAGAAUGAAGGAAGAUUGCAAAAUGAGGAUCCAUCAGAUUAACAAAGCUCAUUAAGUCAUUGCACAUGUGUGUAACAUCAAAUGGAAUAAUAAUGCAAAUUGACAGGACAAUGCUUGAACUAGCAACAGUUUGCUUGAAGCGUAUUGAUGAUGUAGGACUCUUACAUGUUCAUGUAUUCAGUAUUGAGGAGACAUUACAUUCA